GGAUAGUAAAACUAGAGAAUUCACACACACAAGAUAUACUGCUUGUACAUGUGAUCCGGACGAUUUUUUAAAUGAAGGAUUUACACUUCGUCAAAAAGAAGAUGGCAGACAGAUUGAAUUAUUCAUCGUGGUCACUAUAUAUGAUGAAGAUGUAACUGAAUUGUCUCGAACUUUAAACGGGAUUGUGGAAAAUAUUACAUCUCUUUGUAAACGAUCAGGCAGAAUUUGGUUGGAAAAGGUUGUCGUGUGUAUAGUAUCUGAUGGCCGUAAAAAAUUCCAUAAAAGUUGUUUGGCUUAUUUAACAGCACUUGGUGUUUAUCAAGAUGGUGUUGCAAUCAAAAGUAUAAAUAAAAACAAAGUUAAAGCUCAUAUAUUCGAGUUUACAACCCAAAUUUCAAUAUAUCAAGAUAUGGAACCUAAGCCACUAGAUGUUCCAAUUCAAGUACUUUUUUGUCAUAAAGAAGUGAAUGCCAAAAAAAUCAAUUCUCAUCGGUGGUUUUUUAAUGCUUUUGGUCAAGUUCUCGAACCUAAUAUAUGCAUUCUUAUUGAUGUUGGCACUAGACCAGGAGAUAGCUCCAUAUAUAAUUUAUGGGAAACAUUUGAUUCACAUCCUUAUGUUGCUGGUGCUUGUGAUGAAAUCGUUGCCAUGACGACUUGGUACAAAUUACUAAAUCCGAUUGUGGGAGCUCAAUAUUUUGAAUAUAAAAUGUCAAAUAUUCUAGAUAAACCACUUGAAUCUGUAUUUGGGUAUAUUACCGUCUUACCUGGUGCCUUUUCUGCUUAUCGGUAUGACGCUCUUCAGAAUACUAUAGUUAAUGGUGAACCUGAGGAAAAAAAUGAAAAUGAUUCUGAAGGUGAAAAAAAGGAUGGUUCUAAUAAUGAAAAGAAGAAUAACAAAAUUACCCAUAAUAAAAAAUCCAAUACUGAUACGGACAUACCCAAAAGUAUAGAUAAACUAAUUUCCCAGCGUAGACGUUGGUUAAAUGGUUCUUUCUUUGCUAGUCUUUAUGCUGUUUCACAUUUUUAUUAUAUUUUGAGAAGUGAUCAUUGUAUUGGACGCAAAUUCUUUUUAUUUAUUGAAAUGAUAUACCAAGCAUACAACCUUUUCUUCUCAUGGUUUGCAUUGGGAAAUUUCUAUUUAACGUUUCAUAUAUUAGGAACUACUCUUUAUACCCCUCUAGAGAUGUUUCCAAUUCCUUUGAACCAAACAAUCAGUGAAAAUAUAUUCAUUGGGAUUAGAUGGGUUUUUUUUGCUUGGGGUACCAGAGAAGAAGAUGAAGAUAAUAAAUUGAAUAAAGUAACUUCUCGUAAGAAUGAAGUACAAGUCACUUCAAUAGAUGUUACUGAUGGAUAUGGUCGAGCCUGGGGCACUUUAGAACGUCCUAAAGAAAAUAAACCUAAAAAUAUGGGUAUAAUAUCUGAAGAUGAAUAUAGAAAAAGAUUUCGAAUUUAUCUUGUACUUUUAUGGGUCUUAUCAAAUACGAUAUUAUCUGUUACCGGAUUAGCUGUAUUUAGAUUUUUUGGUAGCUUGGUUUAUUUUAUUCUUGAAUUGCCAAAAACAUUAAAAUCAAAACUAGCACCUAAAAGAUCAAGAAGGAAGAAUCCUAUAAACAAC